CGUCGCCGUCGCGUGUAUAUGACUAUUAAAAAUAUUUUAUUUGUUUGUAAACAUUAUUAAUUGGUUAUAUUGAAUAAUGAAUGUGAUUUCACUUACUGUAUGGACUUUAGAACAUAACUGUUAUAUAGUUUACACGGCGCUCAUAUUUGGUUUCACUAUUUUCACUAUUUUUCAUAGAAGGAAUUUGGAAGAACGUUAUUAUAAUCGUUGUACAGAUAAAAAAGAAAAAUUGCCGCGAAACGGGAACGGCGGGAAAGGUACUUCUCCAUCAGGAGCACAUACAGAGCCAUGGACUUUUGUGAUAGUACAGAAUCCUGAUAUGAAAGAAGCUAUUAGGAGCAUAGUAGAAGAGGAAGAGGAGUUAAACUACGCCAAGCGGAUGUCCAGGCAAUGCCAGGAUUUUAGUGCAUGUCGAUUGCUGCUAACACUUGUCUGUGUAUCGUAUUUAUCUGGACAGUGGGUGACAGACCUAAAGCCUUUCGCAACAACAUCAACUAAGCCUUACUUGUCUGAUGCACCAGCGUUAUUGCUCGUCUUCCGACAGGCGUACUCCUGGAGACCAGAUGGGAAGAAAAGGAUGCAUUAUUAUAGCGAGAUCAGCGUUGCUAUCGCUGCCGGUAUCUUGCUGGCUGCUAUUCAGUACUGUGGUUUGGUGGCACUCACAUCAACUCCGCUGAACUGCAAUGCACGACUCCGAGACCUGCUCUCUAGACCCGCAAACGAAAGACUGGAGCUCCUCCUGCCAGUAGGCAAGCCUCACAAGGAUGCUACCGUUCCCGAUAUUAGCAGGAAGAAAUUAGAAGAAAUCAUGAUCAAAGCGUAACUUUGUAUAGAACUAAUACUUAAUUUUGAUAAUUGAAAGGCUGAUUUGAGCAAUAAAGUUAUUUUGAUACCAAUUUCAUUUUUGUCAUUUAUUGC